AAAAAAUCUUUAUUCCAAAUUUAAUUGUUACUUUUUUAUAUUGUGUACAAUGCAAUCUGAACAUUUAUGUGUUUUGUAUGAGAUUUAGCCUGAUAUACGCUUGUUUUGAAUUUUGUUGUUUGUCCUUUUUAUAGCCAAAUAAGACUUUUUUUACUGCCAAGGCACAAUGUAUGGAAAGUAUAUAGGCUAUUUGUAUGUUAAUGUGAAUUAUUUGAUAAAUACAAUAAAAUCUGUAUUUUUAUCAUUUGGAAGGGAAUCAAUAUUUGGUUUACAAGGUUUUAUGGCUGCAAACCUACAAAAUUAUGUAGUUUAGUUUAUUUCAUAGCAAUACAAUAUAUUGACCCAUGAAACAGUAAGAAUAUGACAUCCCACACCUGAAACACCACAAAUUCAAGUUAAACCGUAUAAAUCAUGAAAGCUUAAAGAAGUCCACACACAGAGAAAAUGAACUCGGAUUCCUGUUUAUCAGAAUGAUGGGAGGAGCCGUGUGAGCACUUCAGGUAUGAGAUCAUAAGUGAAAGUAAAAUUAAACAAGUUACUGCUUGAUCACACAAACGCUUAUAAACAGAAUGUAUUCAGACGCUUUAGACGAUUGUGAACAAACUUAAUGUUGAGCUUAAGAGGCUGUGUUUUGGAGUGAUGGACUUAAUUUGUGUGACUCUGAUGAUUAUUAUUGGAAUCACAGACUCAACAGCAGAUCAGUUUGCUGUUGUUGGACCUGUAGCUCCUCUCCUUGCUGUAUCUGGUGAAGAUGUGAUUCUGCCCUGUUCUCUUAAACCCAACAUCAGUGCUGUAAACAUGAGAGUCGAGUGGUUUAGACUUGAUCUCAAAGACUCAGUAGUUUAUCUCUAUGAAGAUCAUGAAGAUAAAAACACAAAUCAGCUUCAGCCGUACAGAGGAAGAACUGAAGUGUUUAAAGAUGAACUACAGAAAGGAAACACGUCACUCAAACUAUCAAGAGUUCAGAUCUCUGAUGAAGGACUUUAUAAGUGUUUUAUUCAGUCCAAAACCUGGAGUGAUGACAUCACUGUUGAUCUCAGAGUUGAUGCUGUAGGAAGUCAUCCACUCAUCACUGUAGAUGGAUUUGAUGGUUCUGGUGGACUUCAUCUUCAGUGUGAAUCUAAAGGUUGGAACCCUGAACCUGAACUUGUGUGGCUGGACAGUGAAGGAGUCACUUUGACAUCUGAAAAUACAGCACAGAGAGAGACAGAUGGAUUCAGAGUGAAACACAUGAUCACUGUAUAUAACAGAGACAGUAAAUAUCACUGUAGAGUCAAACUGAGACAUCACAUGAUGGAGACUGAGAUUAUUACAUCAAGUAAAAUGUUUAACUCUUGGAGGACAUCAGUGAUCUUGAUUUCUGUUGGAUCUGUGCUCAGUGUGCUCGGUGUAAUCGCUGGAUUACUGAUCGCUGUGUUCAUUUAUAAAUACAAAGGACUACAGAGAAAGAAUCAGAGACUAAAGAGUGAAGAGAGGAAAAUUAAAAAUGUACGUGAGAGACUUUCACUGAUAGAGAACGGGACUGUAAAAGAUUUGACAUCACUGUUAAGAAAAUAUGCAGUGAAUGUGACUCUGGAUCCUGAUUCAGCUCAUCCACUUUUCAUUGUGUCUGAUGAUGGGAAACAAGUGAGAUAUGAAAAACAAUCAAGAACAGUUAAGGAUGGAGAUCAGAAGUCAAAUAAGAUGUUUGAUGAACGUCUCUGUGUUCUUGGAAAUGAAGGAUUCACCUCAGGGUGUUUUUACUAUGAGUUGGAGGUGAAGGGGUUAAGUGAGUGGUUUGUGGGUGUGGCCAGAGAAUCUGUUAGGAGGAAGGGGUCGAUCUGGCUGAAUCCUGAGAGUGGAUUCUGGAUGGCUGGUUUUAGAAGAGGAGGAGGGUAUCAGGCUAGUGAGGAUCCAUCUGUUCCUCUUUCCCUGAGUGUGGAUCCUCAGAGAGUUGGGGUGUUUGUGGAUUAUGAGGAGGGUCGAGUCUCUUUUUAUGAUGUGGAGUCUAUGUGUCAUAUCCACUCUUUUACUGAUCAAUCUUUUAAUGAGAAACUAUAUCCUGUCUUCUGGCAUGUUGACUCUGCACCACUCAUCAUCUGUGAUCUGUGGCUGGUAGCAGUGAAUACGCAGUGGAUACGGUGGCUGAUAGCAGUGGAUACAGUAGGUACUUCUCAGGUAACUGACUCGUGGUCUCCUUUCGUGGUAAGAUGUUUUCACGUGGACUUCCCUCCAAGGCCUCUGAUACGACCGGGGAAUUCAGUACUGUCACAGUCGAGCCGAACGCUGCCCUCUCCUCUCCGUACGUAUAGCUUCGGAGAUCUGGACAGGGGCGCACCUUUGAAGAGGCUCCGCAACAGUUACUGCUUGAUCACACAAAUGCUUAUAAACAGAAUUUAUUCAGACGCUAUAGACGAUUGUGAACAAAAUGUUGAGCUGAAGUUGUGUUUUGGAGUGAUGGAGUUCAUUUGUGUGACUCUGAUGAUUAUUAUUGGAAUCACAGAUUCAACAGCAGAAGCACAACAUCUCCCAACUGAAAGAAGAGGUAGUCUCACCUGUAGUAGAGAUCAGUUUACUGUUGAUGGACCUGUUGAUCCUCUCCUCGCUAUAGCCGGUGAAGAUGUGAUUCUGCCCUGUUCUCUUAAACCCAACAUCAGUGCUGUAAACAUGAGAGUUGAGUGGUUUAGACUUGAUCUCAAAGACUCAGUAGUUCAUCUCUAUGAAGAUCAUGAAGAUAAAAACACAAAUCAGCUUCAGUCGUACAGAGGAAGAACUGAAGUGUUUAAAGAUGAACUACAGAAAGGAAACACAUCACUCAAACUCUCAAGAGUUCAGAUCUCUGAUGAAGGAGCUUACAAGUGUUUUAUUCAGUCCAAAUCCAGGAGUGAUGAUAUCACUGUUGAUCUCAGAGUUGAAGCUGUAGGAAGUCAUCCACUCAUCACUGUAGAUGGAUUUGAUGUUUCUGGUGGACUUCAUCUUCAGUGUGAAUCUAAAGGUUGGAACCCUGAACCUGAACUUGUGUGGCUGGACAGUGAAGGAGUCACUUUGACAUCUGAAACUACAGACAAACAGAAAGAGACAGAUGGAUUCAAAGUGAAACACAUGAUCACUGUAUAUAACAGAGACAGUAAAUAUCACUGUAGAGUCAAACUGAGACAUCACAUGAUGGAGACUGAGAUUAUUACAUCAAGUAAAAUGUUGAACUCUUGGAGGUCAUCAGUGAUCUUGACUUCUUUUGUAUCUGUGCUCAGUGUGAUCGGUGGAUUACUGAUCGCUGUGUUCAUCUAUAGACACAGAGGCGUAGUUUUGUCAGACGGAGAGAGAGAGCUGCGGUCCUCUUCAUGUUCCGGUUGCCAGGAACUACUAGGUGAAAAGAGGAGAAUGGAAAGUGAACGUGAGAGACUUUCAUUGACUGUUAAAACUGUGAAAUCACUGUUAAGGAGAUAUGCAGUGAAUGUGACUCUGGAUCCUGAUUCAGCUCAUCGACAUCUCAUUGUGUCUGAUGAUGGGAAACAAGUGAGAUAUGAAGAACAAUCAGGAAGAGUGAAGGAUGAAGAUCAAAUGACAAAUAAGAAGUUUGAUGAAGAGCUCUGUGUUCUUGGAAAUGAAGGAUUCACUUCAGGGUGUUUUUACUUUGAGGUGCAGGUGAAGGGGUUAAGUGUUUGGGUUGUGGGUGUGGCCAGAGAAUCUGUUAAGAGGAAGGGGGCGAUCCUGCUGAAUCCUGAGAAUGGAUACUGGAUGUCUGGUUUGAGAUACGGAGGGUAUCAGGCUAGUGAGCGUCCAUCUGUUCCUCUUUCCCUGAGUGUGGAUCCUCAGAGAGUCGGGGUGUUUGUGGAUUAUGAGGAGGGUCGAGUCUCUUUUUAUGAUGUGGAGUCUAUGUGUCAUAUCUACUCUUUUACUGAUCAAUCUUUUAAUGAGAAACUUUAUCCUGUUUUGUCUUUUAGUUAUAUUUUAUCUAGAAACUCCUCAAAAGCACCACUCAUCAUCUGCAGUGAUCUCUCAUGAGAUCUGAUAAAUAUCUGAUCUAAAAAUAUAAAUCCUCUCUGGAGAGUAAAUCAAACCCAUUAGAAGAGACUCAAUUGUAAAGGUAUUAUACACAGUUAUGUGUAAUUUUAAUGAACAUAUGUAUAUGUGUGAUGCUGUAUAUCAAGCCAAACACAUGAAUUACAAUCACACAGUCAUGCCAUUCACACCAGACUUUCGUACUGUAUCAUUUGUUCUAAUGGCCACCAAACUGUUGUGGUUUUAUGUUCAAUAUAUGUGAUCCAGUCUGUGAAAACCCAGCUAAAUUCAUUGAAUUUAUGUCUAUAAAACUGCAGUGGAAAGAUUUGUUGGCUGUUGUGAUAACAUUAAUCUGAAAGUAUUCUUAUUAAAACUAAGGAGGUAAUCACAGACCCCAGAUCAGAUGGGUACAGGAACCCUAUUAUUGUUCACAGUCAUGACUUUAAUCAGGUUGCUUCCUAUAAAUAUUUUGGGGUCCACAUCAACUUCAGUGGCAUAAAAUGUGUCAAGUGUUUUGUAUACAAGAGUUCAUGAUUGUCUACACUUUUUAAGAAGAUAACAAUUAUUUAUAGAGAGCAGUAAUGUAUUUUAGGGUCCUGUUAUGUAGACAUCAUCAAUAUAAAAAUUAAUGUAUUUCACUGUAACACUGAUAAUAGACUUAUACAGUAACUCAUGUUUGUUUUAUAAUUUCUCUUUUUGGUAAUGCAUUCUAAUGGUAUUGUUUUUUAAGGAAAGUGAUGCUGGUGUAUGUGUGACGGUUGGAUAAUGUUUGUAUGAUGUCUGUAUGGUGUGAGUUUUUUUGCAGCAGUGUUUCUCUUGUCUGAGACAAUAAUGACACAUUGAUUUGGAUUGUAGAAACAUCAUCCAGAUGAGUGUAGUUUAGUAUCUGGAUUGAGCACAUUGAGAAAGGGUUCAGAGUGGUUUUCCUUACCUGUUUGUAGGGAUGGCUGACGCGAAACAGUCGUUCCGAAGCUUUGCGAGAUCCCGAAGCGCAGAUGUGUCGAAACACUGAUCCGAAGCGUGAUUCAAAACACCCAUGUCACGUGACUAUGACCAAACGAAGCCUCGAAGUGUUUCACUAAAUGUUUCAUCAGGUGUGGUCUGCCGAAUCAGCGUUUUGAUUGGCACGGUCGGGAACAGACAACACAAUCGCACAUCUGUAUAAAAGUGAAAUAAACGCAUAUUGACCUUGUGGGUUUUUGUGAGAGGAGUUUUUCAAAGGCUGGAGAAAUUAUCUGUAAAAAAGAAGUAGGCUAAGUCCUUCCACACACAGCAGAUGUGACAUGGUGGCUUGAUAUAUUUUAUUAAUUUCUUAUUGUUUAUGUGGUAUUUAUCUCUAUUCAAUUUAUUUAUUAAAUAGACCAGCUUAUAGUUAUUGACAAUGAUGAGCCUAAAAGCUCAUGUAGUUGUCAAACAGAUGUUAAAACAACAACAAAAAAUAUGUAACUUAGGUAAUAGCAAUGCGUUUCCCGGGGUUCGAUCCAAAGGGCUUUUGCAUGAGAGUCUAGGACACUAUCCACUCUCCCACCU